UAGUUGAAGUUUAUCAAUUUACAAAACUUCUUCAUAUCUGACAUUUCGUUAUUCCAUUACAUUUUUCCACUACCCUUUUUUGCCACACGUGACUCGCAACGAUUUCAUUUCACUUCCGCUCAAAGUUAUUACAUGUGGCAUUUCAUCGUUUUGAGCGGUCUCAAUUAAAUUGAUUACUCCGCUGGCCAAUGUUUUGGUCCGUUGCAAGUAUUUCAAAACAGAAUUAAAGUAGACUUCCGCCACGCUUUAUCCUGCUUAUCCAGCAAGCAAUCAAAGAAGUCAGCCAAGUAUAAGACCCACGCGUCGUAUACUUAUUGCAUUGCCAUAAACCAAUUCAAUGGGUGGAUGGCCGUAAGUUUCCAUCAAUGGCACGUAAUUGACUUUGGCUGGGCAAUUUCAGUAGCACUUGGUUGACCAAUUAAACGCCAUCGUCGACCAAUUGCAGCUGUCGUCAGAAAAUUGCUACAAAUUGCAUGACCAUCACGUCGUAUACGUAAUAUGGCAGUAAAAAUGAAAGUGCAACUGGAUGUGGACACCAAUGCGUAAUCAAUGCAUAAUUUUAAUGCCAUUUGUUGUAUUUUAAAUGCAGUUAUAGUUAAUGACUUAACGCGGGCUAUAAAAGGCGACUCUCAGCCGUGGCGAUGACCACGCAAAAGCGGGAGUCGCUAGCAUGAACUCGUUAAUAUUCCCAGGACGGCUACUCUGCCUGCUGACAGCCGCGACAACAGCGACGGCAGCGACAUCAAUGUCAGUCCACGUGUCACCAGCAGCUGCCGGGGCAAUCCCCCGCGGACAGCAAGAACCGGAGCGGCAAACGCGCGAGGUCAAAGGCGAUUCAUGGGGCAAUCAGUUGCCGGAAAUGCUAGUCGCUUACUAUCGCCAGCAUGGCGUGCACAGUCUGCUGCUCGUUGUUUGUCACGCGGACAUUGCUGCCAUACAUUUGCAAUUGCUGGUGCAACACUUUGCCGCACACAGUUUCUAUGUGCAGGUCAUCACGGAGCGCUGUUUGAACGAUCUGCGUCAUGCCGACAAUGAGACGGACACGCCAGAGGCGCCACCACCACGCAGCUUUCCGGACGUCGACAAUGCAACGCACUGGCAGCUGUCAUUCAAGCUGCCCGCAUUGGCCAACAAACUGGGCAUCCUGCUGCUGCAGUUCACCAGUCCCUGUGCCCUGAAUCUGUUACGCUGGUCCGCUGCCACCGAGCAUAAUUACUUUACGACGAACCGUUAUUGGUUGCUGCUCUCACAGCAUCUGCCGGAUGUCGAGCUGCUCGAGGACGCUGAGAUCUUUAUACCACCCGACAGCGAACUGAAGGUUCUUUGGUAUAACGACACGGAACACUUUACGGCCAGCCUGCUGGACGUCUACAAAGUUGCUGCCUGGAAGCCCUUGAAGCGUCGCAUCGUUGGACAAAACCUCCGCAAUGCUCGACAUGUUGUUCAUGCUUUGCAGCAUUAUGGCUCGGCGAUUACGUAUCGACAGAAUCUGGAAGGCAUUGUCUUCAACACGGCCAUAGUGAUUGCCUUUCCCGAUCUGUUCAUCGACAUCGAGGACAUGUCACUGCGACACAUUGAUACGAUAUCCAAAGUCAAUCAUCGCCUAAUGCUGGAGCUGGCCAAUCGCUUGAACAUGAACUAUAAUACUUACCAGACUGUGAAUUAUGGCUGGCGUCAACCAAAUGGCUCCUUCGAUGGCUUGAUGGGUCGCUUUCAGCGCUAUGAACUUGACUUUGCCCAAUUGGCGAUCUUCAUGCGCUUGGAUCGCAUAGCUUUGGUCGACUUCGUAGCCGAGACUUAUCGCGUGAGAGCAGGAAUUAUGUUUCGGCAGCCGCCACUGUCCGCCGUGGCGAAUAUCUUCUCGAUGCCUUUUCAACUGGAUGUCUGGAUAUCCAUAUUGAUGCUGUUGAUCAUAACCAUUGUGGUGAUGAUGUUGGAAAUGAUCUUCUCACCGCACACGCAUCCCAUGUCCUAUUUAGACUCACUCAACUUUGCCUGGGGUGCCAUGUGCCAGCAGGGAUUCUAUGUGGAUGUGAGAAAUCGUUCGGGACGCAUCAUCGUAUUCACCACAUUUGUGGCAGCCGUAUUUCUCUUCACCUCCUUCUCGGCCAAUAUUGUGGCAUUGCUGCAGAGUCCCUCCGAUGCGAUUCGAUCGCUGGGGGAUCUAGGACAAUCACCGCUAGAAAUUGGCGUACAGGAUACGCAAUACAAUAAGAUAUAUUUUACCGAGUCCACCGAUCCGGUGACUAAGAGUUUGUACCACAAAAAAAUUGCCAUCAAAGGCGAUCACGUUUAUAUGCGUCCCACCACGGGGAUGGAGAAGAUGCGCACUGGACUCUUUGCCUAUCAGGUGGAGUUGCAGGCGGGUUAUCAAAUAGUCAGCGAUACGUUCAGUGAACCGGAAAAGUGUGGUCUCAUGGAGUUGGAACCGUUUCAGCUGCCCAUGCUGGCGAUACCAACGCGCAAGAACUUUCCCUACAAAGAGCUCUUCCGCAGACAACUUCGUUGGCAACGCGAGGUGAGUCUAGUAAAUCGUGAAGAUCGCAAGUGGAUACCACAGAAGCCCAAAUGUGAGAGUGGAGUUGGAGGAUUCGUAUCCAUCGGUCUCACCGAAUGUCGCUACGCAUUCGGCAUCUUUGCCUGCGGCGCAGGUCUCAGCUUUCUACUGUUCCUUACGGAAUUCGUCUGCAAGCACAGCAAAGCCAUCUUUCGUAUUAUUCAGGGCUACACAAUGCAUCGCUAG